CGGCUGCAAUUCUCCGCGGUGCUGUCGAGCUCGUGGCGGCGCUUCUCCUCGCCCUCUGCUUCUGUCCUUGCCGCGGCUCGGCUCCGGCACUCUCGGCUUUCCUUCCUGGUCUCGGCGGCAUCCUCCCAUCUCGUGGCUGGCAGCUCAGCUCAGCUCCGCUCCCGCAGGGCAGCUGCGAUGCGCCUGAUCCAGAAUAUGGGGACCAUUGCCGAGUACCCCCAGGCAGGGAACGCCAGCAACAGUGGAGAGAGCUGCGCCGCCGGCCGCCCCCGCCUCAUCAAGAUCGCCGUGGUGGGAGCCAGCGGUGUGGGCAAGACCGCCCUGGUGGUGCGGUUUCUCACAAAACGAUUCAUUGGAGACUAUGAACGCAAUGCAGGUAAUCUGUACAGCAGACAGAUUGAAAUUGAUGGAGAGCUUUUUGCAAUUCAAGUGCAAGACACUCCUGGAGUACAGAUCCAUGGACACAGCAUGGACUGUAAUGAACAGUUGAACAGAUGUAUUCGCUGGGCAGAUGCAAUUGUGAUAGUGUUUUCAAUCACAGACAAUAAGAGUUAUGAACUACUUGAUCACUUCCACCAGCGCAUACGGCAACUGCACCCAGGAAACAGAGUGCCUGUGGUUGUUAUUGCAAACAAAGCAGACCUUCUUCAUAUUAAAGAGGUGGAACCCCAACAUGGACUUCAGUUGGCCAACAUGUUGGGUUGUACUUUCUAUGAAGUGUCUGUCAGUGAGAACUACAAGGAAAUCUUCAAUGCCUUCCAUAGCUUAUGUAAGGAUGUCUGUAAGCAACAAUCCACCAGCACCCCAGAGAAAAGGAGAAGCUCUCUCAUUCCGAGACCAAAGUCACCCAACAUGCAAGAUCUGAAAAGAAGGUUUAAGCAAGUCUUAUCUGCCAAAGUGAGGACAGUCACUUCAGUCUGAAAGAUCAUACUAAUGGGAUGGUUUUCUCCCCCUUCCCAGCACAUAAUCCUGUUGUUCCAGUUUUGGAACAUAAAUUGCUGGCAUUGCAGCAUCCAAAGAAGGGCAAGAGAGAGGGAGGAAGAGAUUUCAGAUGUUGUUUGAAUAGUUGUGGACAUAAUACAUUGUAUAAUAGAGGAACAACACUGAAAUGUGAAUAUGGUUCUGAAGAAGUGGUACAGCAUGUGUUCCUUCAUGUUGAAAAGGCACCAUUUGAUGGACUGAACUGAUAAUAUUUUCAUGUUCUGUGGUGGAACUUAGGUCAUGUUGAUAUGUGUAAUAUCCUGUCAUAUCAAACUACAGUGGAAGACAACAAAUACUCUGAAUCACAUUUUCUAAUUGGAAACAAAAUACGUUUACAUCAGUUGGUUAUUUCGUUGGUAUUGGAUGAAGGAUAGCUCCUUUUGUAGUGCUCACUGAAGCAGUAGGUUGUACUUGUAGGGUUGUGGUUUGAAGGUACAAGUGUCCUACUGAUAAAGAAAACCAAAAACCCAAUAGUGGAAAUCUCUUGGGCAUUAUUGACUGUAUUUCUGACCUUGCAGUAAGCCAUUUUACACCACAAACAUUUCUCAGUGUAAUUUCAGAUUUCAUUGUCUAUGAUAGAGGUGAGUAAAUUUGAGGGCAAGGUCUGAUGACCACCUUCCACCUAGAUGGAUGAAACUCCUGCCACCACACUGCUGAAUUUGGUGAUGUGUUGACAGAAAACUAUCCAUAGCUUGCUACCAAAAUUCAGCAGCAAACCCCUACAGAACCUUAAAAAGUCAGGUUUAACUUGAAAACGUACCUUUUUAAAGGCUUGUAUCUGUUUGCUGCUAAAUUUUGCCGGCACCCCCCCCCUUUUUUUUUGCUAAGCUUCUGCCAAAUUCAGCAGUGGAGGAAGCACAAGAGGAUUGUCGCCCACAUUGUUCACCGCCAGUCUAGAACAAUAUUGCCAUGAUAAUUCUUUGACGAUUGUUCAUCCGGUGCAAUGCUGAGUUUAUUUUCAGACAAAUCUUUGAUUUGGAUUAUAAUUAUCCUACUUAAGCACUCUGGGCAUGGAUACAGUUUCCUGUUGUUUUCGGUCCAGUAUUGAUUUGCCUGUGAAGCUGAUAGUUCUUGGCUGAACUGUAUCUCCAGCUAGCGCAUGAGAGAUGCUCCACUGUUGCAUAAUUCUGGCAUUUGUAGCUACAUUGUAAAAGCCUGAAGAAUUCUUAGGUUUGUCACACAGAACCAGCAGGAUUGGGGUUGAGGGCUACAAGUCUGACACCAAUGCACUUUAAAGAAUACACACACUCCACAGUGUUUUUCUUCUUAAGCUGUAACUUAUUUAUUUUUAUGUUGACAGCAUCUUUAACAGAACACAGUUCUCAUUUUUUGUUUCAGCAUUAAACAAUGUUUCUCAUGCAA